AAUCCAGCAUAUAGUAAUGAUCCAAUGCUUCAUUUGCUUUAUGAGUGGAAAAUUGGUGGUGGAUGUAGAGAAGAUUUGAUUGAAGCUCUUAAAUGUGCUGAUCUUCAUCAGCUAGCUGAUCAAGUUAAAGUCUCUGACUAUAGACCUGCCAGUCGUAGACCUUCUGUUGUUAAUGUCCGCCAGCCAACAAAUGAACAGUGUUCUGAUUUUGAACGUUCUCAAGAAAUUGAAGCCAAGAUUAAUAGUUUAAUCUUUGAAAUUGCUGAAGCACAAGUUAAAAAUACACGAGAUUCUGAUCAACUUACUGAUUCAUAUAUUAACCAAAGACAUCAAGAAAUUCCUGAAGCUUCUAGGGAUAUAGAAGAUGAUGACUUGUUGCGUUCAUCUAAUUUUUUUAAUGCUAAAAAAAUCAAAAAAUUUGUCGAGAUUUAUGAUGAUGAUUCAGGGUAUCUUCAGUCAGUAAUGAAUAAAUACCGACAUAAACGUAGUGAUACACAAACCAUUGCAAUUCAAGUUCUUCGUGCUAUGGUUAGAAAAAAUCCUAGGAUUACUAAAAAAGAUCUGGAAAAGAGACUCCAUCUAAUGAAAUUUGAAGAAGCUGCUAUUAAUCUGUCAGAGCCUUCUCAGCUUGCUCAGGCUACUCAUGCAACUUCUGCUCAAGCUACUCCUCAGGCUACUCAGACAGAUCAAUCUAACACAAAAUGCUUUGUAUUAUGAACAAUCUUUAUAGUGAAAGCAUAUUUAGUAUAAACCUAA